UUUAACAUUUUUCGUUCUAGGGCACUACAGAAAUAUCUCUUUGGUUAUUUGUUUUUUUCUUUCUUCGCAAAUAUUCUCUUCCUAAACAUCUCUGGCAACGCACCCUAUCAGUCUCCAGGUUCCACCCCAAAACCCUAGAAAAUGUCGGGCGGGUUCUUCAGGGGCACCUCGGCUGAUCAAGAUACGCGGUUCUCGAACAAGCAAGCGAAGCUCAUGAAAUCGCAGAAAUUCGCGGCUGAACUGGACCAUCUGGUGGACAUGGCAAAAGUGAAGAUGGAUGUUAUUAGACCAUGGAUUGCUAAUAGGGUUACUGAGCUACUUGGCUUUGAAGAUGAAGUUCUCAUCAACUUCAUUUAUGGUCUUCUUGAUGGAAAGGAGGUGAAUGGGAAAGAGGUCCAGAUAUCACUUACUGGUUUCAUGGAAAAAAAUACUGGUAAGUUUAUGAAAGAGCUUUGGAUACUUCUCCUCAGUGCGCAAAAGAAUGCUAGUGGAGUUCCUCAACAGUUCUUGGAUGCCAAGGAAGAAGAAACAAGGAAAAAAAAGGUGGAGGCAGAUAGGAUAGCAAAUGAAAUUCAGAAGAAGAAAGAGAAGGAAAGUAGAGAACUUGACCAAGAGAGAUUGAAGAAGAUGGACGGUGCAGUUGAAAUGAAGGCUGCUGCUGCUGAUGCUUUGGAUGCAAACGCAAAGACUACGCUUGCAAAGGAUUCGAGUAUCUGGUCCGAGGAUGGGAAAGGACCUGGUGAGAGGAAUGGUGUGAGAGGAAGGAGCAGGGUUCCUAAGUCUCCUCAGUCGGCUGGUCAUUCUCCUUCACCUCAUCGAGGUUCACCUUCCAGGUCAUUCAGCAAGUCUCAUUCCAAUUCCAGAAGUUAUUCAGACAGUGGCAGGCGUAAGUCAAGGAGUGUGUCUAGAUCACCUGAAGCACGAAGGCGCUCUAUUUCUGCUGAUAGGGUGCACCACUCUUUGAGAAGACGAUCAAUUACACCCCGUAGGAGACAUUCACCUCCGUUAUCCCGCUCUCCUAGACGAAGAUCAUCUUAUUUAAGGCGAAGAUCUAGGUCACGGUCGCUUCGCAGAUCACCUUCGCCCUUACGACGUAGACGUAAUUCACCCUCACCUAUGCUUCAUGGAUCACCAUCUCUUGCUCGACAUCGUAGAUCACCAUCUCCUGUUGUUCGACGCCGUAGGUCGCCAUCACCUGUGCGGCGCCAUAGGUCACCAUCACCUGUUCGACGUCGUAGGUCACCAUCACCUAUUCGGCGCCGUGGGUCACCAUCACCUGUUCGUCGCCGAAGGUCACCAUCACCUGUUUGGCAUCGUAGGUCACCAUCACCUGUUCGACGUCGUAGGUCACCGUCACCUGUUCGGUGUCGUAGGUCACCUUCACCAAUUCGGCGUCGUAGGUCACCUUCACCAAUUCGGCGUCGUAGAUCACCUUUACCAAUUCGACAUCGUAGAUCACCUUCACCCAUGGAACGUGAAUCUCUUUCACCUGUGCGACGUGGCCUUUCUCUGGUGCAUCAUAGGACCCCUUCGCCUGUGCGUUGUAGGUCGCCUUCGCCUGUUCAUCAUACUUCACUCUCUCCUGUGCAACAACGGUAUCAAAGAUCUCCUUUGACUCCACAACGCCAAUCUACAUCUCUCAUGCAAAAAAGUUCACUUGUUCCUGCUCGCAUGAGACCACAUACUCCAUCCCAUCAUAGGUCUCCUUCACCCUAUGAAUCAAGUUCUCCAUCUCCUACACGGCGUAGGGAUCUAUCUCCGGUUAAGAGGAAAUCUCCCAGUGAGUAUAAGAGAUCACCCGUGCAAUCUCCUAGAGAGAAAUUUAGAACUCGUGAGAGUUUGUCUCCUGCUGUGCAUCGACAUUCCAGCUCUUUGAGGUCACCACUUAGAGAUUUAAAGGACCAGAAUGAUUUACGUAAGAGGUCAGCUAUUUCACCUUCACCAGAGAGGUCUCCGGCUGUGUCAGAAUCCCCUCUACAUGCACCAAGGAAAAGGAGAACUAGUGAAGAUAGGAGGUCAUUUAGUCCAUGUGAUAGCCCUGUGAGGCAGGCCAGGCUUGCGAGGAUUGAUGAUAGCAACUUGAGUCCUCCACAAAAACCAAGAGAUAAACUUCGCCAGGGUGGUCCAGAUACAAGCAAGGAGCGAAAAGGUGCCAAUCAGACUAGGGAUCAUAAAUCUGUGUCAUCACAUAGAUCUAUGCAGAAGGAAGAUUAUUCUCCAGACACAGUUGCACCAGAUUGUCACCCUCCUGAAUCUGGGAGCCAACCUGAUAAGAUGGAUUUGAAGAAGAAAAACCAGGAUUUAAGGAGUGAAAAAUCCUCUGGGAGGAGUGCUCAUCCUGUAACUGUUGAUCAAGAAAAGUCACCAAUCUUGCCUGCUGAGAGGCGUCAAUCAUCAUACCCUGGAGAAAGUAGAAGAUCUGAUGAGAGAAACCACUCUCGUUCAAGGAAUGGCAAGGACAGUGAUCAACGACAUAAAUCAGAAAAUGUGACAAUGGUCAUUGAAAAAGUUGAUCAUGGAAACCGGAGUGAUACUGUUGAUUCUGGUUCUGAGGAAAGUUACAAACAUAGAAACGAUAAUAAGGAAAAGAGAAAGCAUAAAUAUGAGAGAAAAGAAGUGGCUUCAGAUGAUGACUACAGUUAUGAUUCUGAAACUGAGAGGAAGCAGGCUAAGAGGAGGAGAAAGGAAGAAAAGAAAUUAAGAAAAGAGGAAAAGCGUCGAAGGCGUGAUGAGAAGCGUCGUAGGAAGGAAGAGCGACGUGCAGAGAAGCUCAAAUUGAAAAAUCAUAAUGAUGCUGAUGGUUCAGAUGGAGAACAUGUUCCUAAAAGGGUGUCUCAUCCAAGUGAAGAUGAAGCAACAGAAUCUGAACAGAAAAGGCUUGAAAUUGAGUUACGAAAUAAGGCCUUAGAAUCCAUCAAAGCAAAGAAGAUCAGCAGUCGCUAAAUAUAUUUGUCUUGGGACAUUAGAUGUUACUUUGUCAUUUAAAUCUUGGUGACCAGUAUCUUUAUUUUCUAGCUUACUUAUGUUUUGAAUGGGAGUAUUUUUAUUUUGGUAACUGUUUAAUGUAGUCUGUGUUUACUGCUGGCAGUUGAAUUGGAUAAAUGAGGAUUUCCUGAGCUAUUCUCUUGA